AUGCCAACAUGGAACCUUGGCAGUGACGGGAUCUCUCUCUGCAACAAUAACACGACGGAGAAAAACUUCGAGGACGGUGCAUUUCGAAAGCGCUUAAUAUAUUUCAUGAUUAUAGACGGUAAGUUCGCCAUUACUAGUGGUAGUUGCUCUUUUCUUUUGCGCUGGAUGCUUAGAUUUGUAUUUAUAGAACGCUUCGAGUUUGAGACUCGUGAAUUCCUGUCUGGCUGUUGUAGUCAGGUGGCUUGCCAUGCGCCUCGCCUGCCCAUGCGCUGAGUUUAAAAGCAGUUGAAGUUUUAAAUAAUAGUGUUUGCUGACUUCGAAGAACGUAUCGAUUGUAUAACAUUAUUCACUUUCGUGUAAUUACGCACUUGUUACAGUUCUGCACCAUGUUGUUUUGCGCCCGAGACACAUACGGGCGUCAUGUGGGCAGUGUUUACGCUGGACGCGUCAUUAUGCACAAUGUAUCCAUUUAAUUAUCCCGCUUGUUGCUGCACUGUUAUGAUGGUCGAAUUAAUUAUAUUAAAUAACACUGAUAGGUUUAUUUUUCAUUUGAUGACAGAUAUAUUUGCUCUGUUUCAGUACAUGCGUUUAGGCCUUGAUCCCAUUCGGAUGAGAUGUUUGGCCUAAUAAUUUGUUGAUUGUCAGCUUUCAGUUAGCCUAUUAUUACCUAGCUCUGUUACAGUGCACAGUUUCGCAAAGUUGCACCCUGCUGUUUUCACACACCACCUUGGCUAUGACACAUCCUCUCACCUUGCACUCGCAUUUCCAUUGGACCAUUCCACAUUUCCAUUGUUCCUACAAAUACGGCUAGGUGCAACCUUCCUAAACUGCGUUUCAGUAUUAAAUAUUACGUUCUUAUUCAUGUUUAACUAUUCACAUUUUUAACUGUGGUAUCCCUCACAUUUUCUGUGCAGGUGUAGUGAGAAGUGUGGUACCUGCUCAUCUCCUGUUUAUUUGGACUGUAUAUGGACUGUUUCAAUGGUGUCGUUAAGCAGCAGAGCGCUGGUCCCUGAUAAUGACCUCUUUAGGGACAGUGCUAGCCUGGUCUCCUUGGAGCUUGAGGAGGGAGAGGGCAGUGAGGGGAGGAGCGAGGGGGGUAGCUUUGCCUCCGGUUACAGCCCAGAUGCCGGGGACAUGGGUGCUCGGCUCAGCUUCAGCCCUGGAGAGGAGGAGGAGGAUGAUGAAGGGGGCCUGCUCCGACUUUAUUUGACCCCCACAGAGCGGGAUAGAGAGAAGCGAGAAGAAGACAUGCUGCAGGACCCCAGGCUGCCUAACUUCAGCCCCCGCCUGCCUUCGCCCUUCUCUCCCACCCUUGAGGACAUUGAGGAAUUCCUCAGGGAGAAGAUGGAGCUGGUGAGAGAGGGGGUUCUCUUCUCUAGUGAACCCAUUGAGGAGCCCGCUCCCUCCCCUUCCAGCUCCAUGGAACAUCCUCUCUCCUCCCCAGGGGGACAAAGUGACCCAGGGACCAGCGCUGCCCUGUCACCCCCCACCCCACAAACCCCCAACAUCCCUCACAGCCCAGCAGCCCCAUGCCCCUCCCCGUCCCCCUCCACCCCCUCAGUGCUCCUGGGAGCACCCUUGUUACUCCAGGUCCAGUCGCUGCCGCUGGCACAGCCUCUCCCCCAGACAGGCUCUCCUCCUGGGGCGUCCAGCGGGCUGAGAUUGGCCCACCUGGUCUUGGGGCUCCACGGAGGGCAGAACUUUACCCUGCUUGCCUCACAGGUGCCCUCCGCCCCAGCCACCCUUCUCAACGUAGCCAGCAUGGACGCCGGAGCUCCAGACCAGAAGUAUGUGAAGAUUGCCCCUCUACCGAUCACUGUGAGGCUUGUUGGGGCAACGGUGGUUGGGGGUCACAGUGGAGGGGCUGUGGUGAAAGCUGUGGCCCCCCAUAGGGUGAACAGACACCCUCCUAUAGAGACGCUGAGGGUGCACAAGUGUUCUCAUCCAGGCUGUGAGAAGAUGUACACCAAGAGCAGCCAUCUGAAGGCCCACUUCCGCAGACACACAGGAGAGAAGCCCUACACCUGCAGCUGGCCUGACUGUGGCUGGAGGUGGGUUAUAUCAUAACAAUGCUAGUCAACAUGCAGAAAACACAGGAAGCUUAGGUUUGUUUAGUUCAUUAUCAUAUAGCCUAGUCAUUAACGUGAUAGGAUAAUACAACUGAGAGAAGAAAGAAAAGCCUGUAAUGACUGGUUCAAAAUGAAGUGGGUAUAAUGAUGACAGUAGAAAAUAUGCUCUAUACCCCUUGUUAGGAUAUUGACACAGUAUUCCACUGUAAAUUUAACAUAAAGAAGAAAAAAAAAAUCUGUCUGCGGAGGUAGGGAAUAGAGCUGGUAUAAGACAGUAACAAUAUAGAGGCUCCGCAAAUAUGAGAUAUUACAACACUCACAGUUUCUAAUAUCCCAAUAAGCAACUGCAGUGAGCUCCCUAAGGAAAGGAUUGGGGUUCGGGUUAUUGAGGUAGUUAGAGGAUAUGUUGUUUGUACACUGGUACAAAACAUUAGGAACACCUGGUCUUACCAUUACAUAGACUGACCAGGUUAAUCCAGGUGAAAGCUAUGAUCCCUUAUUGAUGUAAACUGUUAUAUCCACUUCAAUCAGUGUAGAUGAAGGGGAGGAGACGGGUUAAAGAAGGAUUUUUAAGCCUUGAGACAUGGAUUGUGUAUGUGUGCCAUUGAGGGUGAAUGGGCAAUACAAAAGAUUUAUGUGGCUUUUGAACGGGGUAUUUUAGUAGGUGCCAGGUGCACCAGUUUGAGUGUGUCAAGAACUGCAACAAUGCUGGAUUUUUCAUGCUCAACAGUUUCCUGUGUGUAUCAAGAAUGGUCCACCACCCAAAGGACAUCCAGCCAACUUGACACAACUGUGGGAAGCAUUGGAGUCAACAUGGGCCAGCAACCCUGUGGAAUGCUUUCGACACCUUGUGGAGUCCAUGCCCCGAUGAAUUGAGGCUGUUCUCAGGACAUAAGGGCUGCAACUCAAUAUUAGGAAGGUGUAUCCUAAUGUUUUGUACACUGUGUAUAUUGUAAAUACUGUUUGACCCACCAUUUAGUGUUCCUAUUUACCUCCAGAGUUGAGUCUGAGCGCUAGUCUGCGGGCUAUCAAACAGUGGGAAUAACCGGCCUCCUGACACACUUGGCUGUUUAACUUAGAAACAAUUAGAAUUAAAAGAAAUGAUCAAAACACCAAUGUGUUUUAUCUCAGGACUUUUCUCAGGGUGUUUGGGUGUUGACCUGUGCUCCUCUAUCUCUGUAGGUUCUCUCGUUCUGAUGAGCUGUCUCGUCACCGGCGCUCCCACUCUGGGGUCAAGCCCUACGAGUGCUCUCUGUGUGAGAAGAAGUUUGCCCGCAGCGACCACCUCUCCAAACACACCAAGGUGCACCGCAGCCCCCGGCCUGGCAAAAACAUCAGAACUACCGUCUGA